GGAGGCAGGCACAGGCGCCGCGCCCUCCCCGCGUUGGCAGGAGGCUGCGGCGGCUCGGCUGGGCUGCUGCGCUGCUAGGGCCCGGGGCUAGUGGCUGGCAUGCGGUGCGGGAAGAUGGCGGCGCCGGCGGCGGGGACGCGGGGCGGUGUGAGGCGGCGCUGCCAGCGGCUGCUCUACUGGGUGCCGGUGCUGUUCAUCUCCAGCAUCCUCUGCUGGUCCUACUACGCCUAUGUCACCCAGCUCUGCCUGCUAUCUAUGGCAAAUAUUGGAGAAAAAGUUGUGUGCCUGAUUGCCUAUCACCUAUUUUUCAUGCUGUUUGUCUGGUCUUACUGGAAAACAAUCUUUACAUUACCAAUGAAUCCUUCAAAAGAAUUCCAUCUAUCAUAUGCAGACAAAGAACUGCUGGAAAGGGAGCCUAGAGGUGAAGCCCAGCAAGAAAUUUUUAGGCGAGCAGCCAAGGACCUUCCUAUCUAUACAAGGACAAUGUCUGGAGCAAUCAGAUACUGUGACAGAUGCCAACUUGUAAAACCAGACCGCUGCCAUCACUGUUCCGUGUGUGACAAAUGUAUUUUGAAAAUGGACCAUCAUUGCCCUUGGGUGAACAACUGCGUUGGAUUCUCCAAUUACAAAUUUUUCCUUCUUUUCUUGGCUUAUUCUCUACUGUACUGCCUUUUCAUUGCUGCAACAGAUUUACAGUAUUUUAUCAAAUUCUGGACAAAUGGCCUUCCUGAUACUCAAGCCAAGUUCCAUAUCAUGUUUUUAUUCUUUGCUGCAGCCAUGUUUUCAGUCAGUUUAUCCUCUCUUUUUGGUUAUCAUUGUUGGCUAGUCAGCAAGAAUAAAUCUACAUUAGAGGCAUUCAGAGCACCUAUAUUUCGCCACGGAACAGACAAGAAUGGCUUUAGCUUGGGCUUCAGCAAAAAUCUAAGACAGGUGUUUGGUGAUGAGAAGAAAUAUUGGCUGCUCCCUGUAUUUACAAGUCUAGGAGAUGGUUGCUCCUUCCCAACUUGUCUUGUUAACCAAGAUCCUGAACAAGUUUCCACACCUGUUGGACUUAAUUCAACAACCAAAAACGAGAAUCACCUUUUUCCACCAAAGACGUUACGAGAUUCCCAGAGCCACCUUCUUACUGAUACUCAGUCUUGGACGGAAUGUAGUGCAAAUACCGAAAAGGGCAAAGUUGUCCCCAAAGGUAUGAGCAAUCUUGGACUAACCGUGGAAAAUGAAACCUAGUCACUGUUAAUGGAAGCAUCUAAAUAUUCAAGGAAAGUUCAAGGUAAAGCUGCUGAUGAAAGGAAGAUGCAUUCUUCCAAAAACCAGCCCCCAUCAGCCAGCUGUUCCUGUCUGCUCCUGUGUGGAUAUGCUCAGAAGAAAUUGACAGCUGAUUAGCUGUUGCCAUGUCAUUGCUUGAAACAUAAGACAUACUGAUAUUUUUGGACUGUAUUAAGAAUGUUUCAACGUACACAAAUUACUGGUAAAAUGCUAAAGGACAUUUCUGAGUAUUAUAUGAGGAGAAAGGGAGAAUCCUUUCAUUAGGAUUAGCGGGACAAAAUUUACUAUUGUGCACAUUCAAGGGCUAGUUUUUACUUUGGUAUUCUGAUAGCACAAGAAAACGUAAACUCCUUACAUAUAGCCCGUCCAUGCUUUUACAUCAGUUUUGAAUCUUGAUAUUAUUUAUGAAUUUCAAUGGCCGUAAGUAGGUUAUUUAAAAAAAAAAGAAUUAUACAUUUUGUGCUGCUGGCUUUAUCCAUGGAAAAGCAUUAUCAGCAUUGAUUUUUGGUAAUUGAGUAGCUUACUGAUUGGUCGGGUACCAUAUUUUGAUUUCAGAUUCUGACUGAGUCAGCUAAUUUAUGAUUUAAAAUCAACCUAAGUGAAAUAGGUUGGAUCAUCUUAGACUAUUUUGGUAGACUUGAUUGCAGAUAGUAUCCCCCCUUCCCCUAUACAGAUAUGACUGCUGGAUUGUAAACACUUAAUUGCUGAAAUAACCUCUCACUUAACUGGAUUGUGCGCUUACAGUUCAGGUUAAUUUUCAUUCUUAGUAGAGUAGUAAGAAGAGGCCCAUAUUGGAGAUGGACUGUGUGUGUAAAUGGAGGUUAGGGCUUUCAGUUACAGCUGCACAGGAUGAUUUCUGUGAAAUUGGGAUUGUUGUGAUACAGCUUCUUAGUUUGGGCCAGCACCUCUUUAGAAAAAUAAAAUGUGUGGACUUAAUGUUACUUAGAAACAUUUGGACCAAAAGUGCUUAAUCUAAAUUGUGGACUUUGAGAAGUACAUGGCCCAAGAACAUUAAUAUGCUUCUCAUGGCUUGGUAAUCAUUACAGACUAAUUAUUGAACAUAAGCUCUUUCCUUUCUCAGUCGUAUUUAAAAUGUUGCAACUUGAUGUACAUACAAAGAGACUUUCAUUGUCAUAACAACAUGUAGUAUUUGCUCUAUUACAGGGACACUGGACAUCCGAUCACUCACAUCAAAAACCCAAACUUGUUUCCCAUAGAAAACCUUUUACAGUGAAAGUAGGAAGGAGAUGUGUACAUAUUCAAUCAGAUGUUGGAUUUCAUAGGAUCAAAGUUUACCAGCCAGAUUUAAAAAGAAAAAAGUGUAUUGCUAGUUUCUGAAACCAAGGAAGUUUCAGCGACACAAAUCUUACUCUGUCUUGUGCCUUUAUAUGCACUACACUUACGGUAUUACAAAAUGUUUACACAAAAUGCAAAGUAUGUUAAUUGCAAAACCAUUUUAAAAAUAAUUAACUUUCUAGUGGGCUAGCUAGAAAAAUUAAAAUAGGAUCUUUAAAAUUGCACGUAAGACUAUGGGAUCAGGGAACAGUUGAGAAGCAGAUAAGGAAUUCAGCUCUCAAAACUCAGUUGAUCAGAUUGGAUCACAGGAUCAUAUAAAACAGAAAGAUAAAGUACAGGAUAUAGAACUGAUCUCCAUUAUUAUUUCUGUAUUUGUAAUAGCAGGAAGGUAAAUCUUUAAGAAACAAGAAAUGUUCAGAACACAGGGAACUGGAGUAAAUUACUGUUGUUAGAAUUUUUGUUUCUAGUAAAACAUUAUUAUUAUUACCUCUUUUACAACCAAAUAAUUCUAGAUCAUUGGUUCAAAAUUGUUCUCCUGGGAUGGUUUUAACCAUUAUCACUUUUAGAUGAGAAUUUUGAUCUGACAUGGACCAAUGUCUCUGUGGAAAAGUGUUCAGCAGGUAUGGUUUUAAUGUUUUUUUAUUAUUAUGAAUGAGUUUUUUCCUUAAAUUUUACUCAUCUGAAGACAUCUCUUAUAGAUUCCAUUACCGGAAGUGCCAGCAUAUGAUCUAUAGAUGUGGAACAUUUUUAAACUAGCCUUUGAGGGUAACACUGUUUACAUGAUCCAUGUAAACAUUUUGCAGCCAGGAUUUCCGUAGCACACUACUUGUUUCCUCAGUGUUACUCUGUCAGGAGUUUACUUUGUAUCAGUGUUUAUUUAAAAGUUGGUAACUGUCAACAUGAUCAGAGAGAUGGGGUGGAGAAAGGACUAAAUACUUUAAUUUUUCAUGCUUUCAUAAUCUGUAUAUUUGUUUGUAAGUAAUUAUUCAGCUGCAGCGUUGUCUGUCAAAAUCACGAGUGUGCAUUAAAAAUAUAUACAUAUGAAGUGACAUGUCCAACUUCUUAAAAAUUAGCUUUAAUGUAAGUUUAAUGUAAUAUUCUAUCUAUAUAACAGUAAAUAUGAUUUAAUAUACAGUGUCUUUGCAAUAAAAUUCAUACCAGAAGGGGCUCCCUCUAAAUCUGGAUCUCCUUCCUCCUCUGACCUAUAAGAAGAACUCUCAGUAGGGUUGGGAUCUGUGCAGAGCCGGCUCCAGGGUUUUUGCU